UAAUAAAAUGGUGCAACAUGGAUAAUGGAAGGUUGGCGAGCCUUUAGGAGUAAAUAAGUGUUGGAAACUAUUAUUCAAAUUUAAUGAAACGGAAGCUUUAUUCCUUUAUUAACGCGGUACACUCAAUUCUAUCAUAAAGCGAUAAAAAUGAUGAACCAGGUUGAGUACAUGAGGGGAUUUGGUGGAGAAGUAGAGCGGGCUGAGUUGAAUUUUGGAAGAAAGAAGAACAUUGCGGUUACACCGUACAAGGGAUAUGUUUAUAUCCACAUAGGCAGUUUAACAAGUAGCAGAAGCAUAACUCUUGGGACUGAUGAGUUUAAAGAGCUAUGCAAUCUGAAGCCAGUUCUUUUAAAAGCUGAGGCAGAAAUAAAAAAACAGCUGCAAAAACCUAGCAGGAAAAAGAAGGUUAUAGUUGUUGAAGAGGAAGAAGAAGAAGAAGAAGAAGAAGAAGAAGAAGAAGAAGAAGAAGAAGAAGAAGAAGAAGAAGAAGAAGAAGAAGAAGAAGAAGAAGAAGUAGAAGAAGAAGAAGUAAAAAAAGUUACUUUGAAAAGAAAGAGAAAGGUGAUUGCUAUCAGCGAUAGCGAUGAGGAGGCGGGAGUGUCAGAGUCGGACGUCAGAAAGGUGAUUGUUGCAGCAGAAUCUGGCCCGUUCAAGGGGCUAAAGAAAAAAAAGAAAACAGCUGGAGCUGGAUUCAUACUUUCUGAAGCAGUUGAAGAUGGCGAGUGAAGAUAACACCACCAAUCAGAACAGAAAAAGGACAAUGGGAGAAGAAGUAGAAAAAAAGACACUGAGUGAAAAACGAAAGCGGUCAGCUCCACCUUCAUUAAGAACUUUAUCUGUUGCAUGUAUUUAUAAUAAAUUAACAACAAAAUGUGAUAUUCAAAUGAGAGAUUUUUUUUGUAAAAUUCCCUCACCAAUUUUAAUUAUUUUUAUGGAUUAUGCAGACUUUCAAUUUGUUUUAAAUCCUGGAUUUGCCGAAUAAGAUGUGUUUAAUGCUGCCGAGGAAAUUUUUGAUCAAAGAUAUCAAUUAAAUAAAAUGAUAAGGGAAUGCAGCCAUUUCACAUCUGAAGAGAUAUUCAUUCAUUUAAAGAACGUCCCAGGGUCUGUUUUAAAUUCACUCGGACUUUCGUUCAAUAGGGAGAACUUUUCCGAUAUUUUAAGGAAAAUAUUAAACAUGCGAUUUUCACGUGUUUAAUUUACCAAAGAAUAUGUCUCAUAUAUUUUAAUCUAAAAUUUAAGAAAUUUAUUUGUAAUAUUUUCAUCGUGUUUGAAGGUCUUUUUCCCCAUUGCACAAUGUAUUUCACUGGUGCGUUUGAAGGUGUAAUUCCCCAUUUUCAUAAUUGUGUUUAAUUUACCAAAGAAUAUGUCUCUUAUAUUUUAAUCUAAAAUUUAUUUGUAAUAUUUUCAUCGUGUUUGAAGGUGUUAUUCCCCAUUGUCCAAUGUAUUUCACUGGUGUGUUUGAAGGUGUUAUUCCCCAUUUGAAGGUGUUAUUCCCCAUUGACAUAAUGUUUGAAGGUGUUAUUCCCCAUUGUUCUAAUGUUUGAAGGUGCUAUUCCCCAUUGUUCUAAUGUUCGAAGGUGUUAUUUCACAUUGUCCUAUGUUUGAAGGUGUUAUUCCCCAUUGUCCUAUUGCCUUAAUGUUUGAAGGUGUUAUUCCCCAUUGUCCUAUUGUCAUUAUGUUUGAAGUUUGUUUGAAGGUCCAUUUGAAAGAAUAUGUCUCAUAUAUUUUAAUCUAAAAUUUAAGAAAUUUAUUUGUAAUAUUUUCAUCGUGUUUGAAGGUCUUUUUCCCCAUUGCACAAUGUAUUUCACUGGUGCGUUUGAAGGUGUAAUUCCCCAUUUUCAUAAUUGUGUUUAAUUUACCAAAGAAUAUGUCUCUUAUAUUUUAAUCUAAAAUUUAUUUGUAAUAUUUUCAUCGUGUUUGAAGGUGUUAUUCCCCAUUGUCCAAUGUAUUUCACUGGUGUGUUUGAAGGUGUUAUUCCCCAUUUGAAGGUGUUAUUCCCCAUUGACAUAAUGUUUGAAGGUGUUAUUCCCCAUUGUUCUAAUGUUUGAAGGUGCUAUUCCCCAUUGUUCUAAUGUUCGAAGGUGUUAUUUCACAUUGUCCUAUGUUUGAAGGUGUUAUUCCCCAUUGUCCUAUUGCCUUAAUGUUUGAAGGUGUUAUUCCCCAUUGUCCUAUUGUCAUUAUGUUUGAAGUUUGUUUGAAGGUCCAUUUGGGUUUUAAAGUUAUGUAUUUUCAUUGGGUUUUUUAAGUUAAAGUCGCCAUUUUACCAUGCUACUCCCCAUUGCCCUAUGUAUUUCACUUCCCCAGGUUGAUAGCAAACGGAUAAAACUUAAAUAUGUUGAUAUAUUUUAUUAUAAAAUCAUAUAUUUAUUUACAUGAAAUAAAAUAUUAUAUAAUUAU